AUGGCCAGAGCAUCUCUGCUCGGAUGGCUGGCCUGGAUGCUGCCAGUGCAGCUGGCUGGCACAUGCCUCCGUUGCUGGCCAGAAGCUGUUGCCUACUUUGGAUAUGAUGCAUAUUUGCUGCUUGGUCAGGACUCAGAGGCCACUGACAAGCUGGGGAAGCUUUUUCUAGGGAGCGCUGAAGACCUGGCCACCUAUGGGAGACACUAUCUGGAACGGGAGCAUAUGGAGCAUGAAGCUGGGAAACUCUUUCUUCACCUUGACCAGAUUAUCCAGAAAAGUAGGAAAGAUCAUGACCACCUUAUGAAGGAGGCAGAACAGGAAAAGAAAAUUUUUGUCAAACAAUUGGAAGAGGCGUCAAAGACCUUUAUGAAGGAAAUCUGCAGCCUUUCCUGUGCUCAGUCCCGGUAUCGACCCUAUGAAGUGGCACAGUGUACAAACUGCCAGCUUCUCAAAGUUUCCUGCAAUGACCCCUUUGUAUGUGCAGGGCCCAAUGUUCUCGCAGGAGUGUUAGUGACAUUUGUUAUCUUGCUGGGUAUAGGAGCUGUAAUGUGGUAUCGCCGUCGCAAAAAGAAGGCACAAGGAGAAGCCAAGGCUCCAAAAGAAGAGGACAGUUCAGACAGCUCUUGGAGUUCAGACAGCUCUUGGAGUUCAGACAGCUCUGAGGGUUCAGGGAAGGCUGCCCCAGGCCCAUCAUACGUUAAUGUUUCAAGUGCCCCAGAACUGACCAACUCAUCAUAUGCUAAUGUCCCAAUUUAUGCUAAUGUCCCAACAUAUGCUAAUGUUUCAAGCGCUCCAGAAUUCAUCAUCCCAAGUACCCCAGCAGGCUUUGAUGCUGGAGAUUAA